AUGAUCUCUUCCUAUCUAGCCAACCAAUCGAAUUUAGAUGAUCGUGCAAUUCAUCUUCUCUUCAGUGCAAUUCGUUGGGAGAAGAGAUCGCUGAUGGAAUCUAAGCUGAGGAGUGGAACCACACUCAUUGUUGACCGUUAUUCUUUUUCAGGUGUUGCUUUCUCAUCUGCGAAGGGACUUGAUAUGAAGUGGUGCAAGGCUCCAGAGGCAGGAUUGCUAGCUCCAGACGUAGUUAUCUACCUUGACAUAUCCCGAGCUGCCGAAAGAGGAGGUUAUGGGGGUGAGCGGUAUGAGAAGCUCGAGUUUCAGAAAAAAGUUGCUCAAUCGUAUACGACACUUCAGGACUCGACAUGGAAGAUUGUGGAUGCAACUCUCCCUAUUGAAAUUGUCGAAGAACAACUGAGACGAAUUGUCGUAGAGUGCGUGAUGACGUGUCAUAAAGGGAAGCCUUUUGCACACUUGUGGCAGAAUUAG